UCUAAAAAAUUUCCCCAAAAAACGGACAGAUUACCCUACCCGUUGGGGUAAAAUUUUACAGACCACAACUGUAUUUGUCAUUUUACGGGGCCUCCCCGUUAAAAAGUUCCGUGUGGGCAUUUAUGGGCGCCCCGCACAAGCACAUGAGCGUUUUCAGCCUCGAAAGAAGGGGAACGCAGCAACACUGGGCCGUCUGUCAGUCUGAGUGCAGUGAACAACAUCGACGACCGGUUUGUUUGUUGAAUGAAGGAUGUUCAGCUGCAGGCAGUGUGGAACAUCAUUUUCUUCGCGGGCGAGUUACGUUACUCACCAGAAAGUCCACAUCAACAUUAACAACUACCGGUUCCCAUGCUUCGAACUAGGAUGCCAGAAUGAAAUCUACGGCAUGAGCGAGCUCCCACAUAAUAUCAUAAGCAGACUGAAGGAGGUCCUGCCAGGACUUUCUGAGGAGAAGGCCUCGCAGCUUCAUGCGUGCUUGUGGGACAUUGGUGUUCGCAGCCCAUCUGAUGUAACGUACGUCAAAGAGAGCGAGCUGUCAAGUGUGCUGAACCCAAUUCAAUGCAGAAAGCUCCUGCACCUUUGGAAUAGCGUUGAGGACUCCGUGCAGUUGAGCGUGCCUGAAAUCUCUGCAUCUGAACCACAGUCUGUGCACGUUGACUCGAGUACAGCACCAAAGUCUCUCUCCCCGGACUGGCCAUCUGCUUUUGUGAUACCCUUUCAACGAGCAAACGCAGAUUUUCUGCAAGAUUUGCAGGAGAAGAGGCGACCAAAGAAGAAACUUUUGCUAGAGUUUGUGAGAACUGUGUGCGCUGAUAUCCAAACCAUAUGUUCAAAACCAGGUCGGGCAGCUCUUGCUACGAUUGCCAAGAAAAUUGUUGAUGCAUACCCAGAAUCGUUAUCUGACACAUUAGGUGGUUCCAUAGUUGGAUCAGGCUAUGACUCGCUUAGAGCUAAAUUGGAAAACAGAUUGGACAACAUGAACCGUGGGUCCUCAGCACCUCCACGAGUGACGACUCCAUCAGAGAAAAAACGCCCAGCUAGUGACAGCUAUGGCUGUAUCGAAUGGAGCUGCUCAAUUCCAGCUGGUGAAACACUGGAGUCACAAGAGGAGAAGAGGCUUGAACUGGAGGAGAUGUUCUCGGGAGAGAGUGUUAGUCUUAAUGAUGCAGCGGCUUUGAUGGACCAGACAUACUAUUUGCAGAGGCAGCAUAUAAAUGAAGGCAUCUCAGUCUCAGACGUGCAGGACAAAUGGCCGUGGCUCUUAACUAUAACAUGUUUGCUGAACCACUUUAAGAGACUGACAGGAGUUGACGCCAAGGCAAACAUUACUGAGGCUAUGUCCGUGAAAGGGAAAGUUAUCCUACAGUAUUUUGCAACAGUUAACAAGGAGGACAUACAAAAGGUUCUUGACGCCGUGGGCGAGUCAUUUCGUCAAACUGGAACACGGUAUGGGGACCCUGUUGGUGUACUGCAGGGAACACUGGCCACCUUCCGUGAAGAGUCCACGUUCUUCAUUGUCGAGCUGAAGCCAGACAUGGUGAUCCAGGAAGCAGCGCUCCCUCCUACACCAUUAAUUGUUUGCGUAGGAAGCCCGUACAGAUGCAGGAACUUCCUGAUUGCAGCAGACCAGCAAGUUGUAAUGUCUGGUAUCUCUGAGUUCGCGGAUGCUCUGUCAUGCCUUAUGGCAAUCUACUUCGUCUUCAACAUCGCCUACCCCCCCCCAGGUCCAGGCUACACUUGACUUUUUGCAGAGGUGCUUCCUUCAAAUCAACCCUGAACUUGGAACUAGGCUUAAAAAGAAGCGUCAUGGACCAGGAGCAGUGAUCCAAAAGGUGCUGUCUUUCGUAGAAGACAUAAAACGCUAUGAGGCCAACAGCUGGGUGUUUGGGUGAACUGAUGAAAACGUGGAUCCUUCCCCAGCGCUGGAAGAUACAGCACCGGUGGACCGAAAGGGACUGUGUUGUGGAUAAACAUUGUAAGCAUUAUUGAAUAAACGUAAUUUUGUUGACUUUCACAGAACA